AUGGCAUAUAAAUCGCAAAGGACUGCUCUCAUAGUGAUAUAUGCUUGUUUGGCAGUGUUGGUUCCUACAGGGCUAGCUCAGUUGCAACAAACUCCUGGAUUGCCUCAAAUACCUGGAUUGUCACAAACACCCGGAUUGUCACAAAUAUCUGGAUUGUUGCCACAAAUAACUAGAUUGUUCCCAAACCUUGGAGCUGGGGGACUUUCAGGGGCAAAUGGGCAGUGUUUGUCAUCUCUUACAGACGUACCGGAGUGUCUCACUCAAGUUUUUGGUUCACUUGUCAAUGGCCAAUUCAGCAUUAUAGGUUCCUCUUGUUGCAAAGCCAUUGCGGAGAUUGAGGGAAGUUGCUUGUCUAAAUUGUUCCCCUCCAAUCCCAUCUUCGCUCCUUUGCUCAAUAAUUCUUGUGGCCAACCAUCUAAAGGAAACGGAUAG